AUGAAACAUGCUAUAUUUAAAAGAAAAACUGGACAAUAUUUACCAGAUAGUGUGAUCACAACGAAAUAUGCAGAAAGUGAAUUAGAGUGUUCCAUGCAUUGUACAAGCGUCGACGCGUGCUUGUCAGUGAAUUACAAAGCUAGCGGAGUGGAUCAAGGUUUAUGUCAACUCAACAACAGCACAACUUCAGAAAAUUUUGGACUGGUUUCCGAUGAUAAAUUUGUACAUCUUUCCAUUGUAAAGAGG